UCAGUUCCUUCGGCGAGCUUCCCGGUACGACAGUAAAGCGACGGAAAUCGUAAUGAAACUUUGUCUCAUCUUCCUAGCGGCCGCUACCAUUGCGGUUGCUUCCGCUGCUACGGGGCCCCUAUUCUUGCCCCACUUUGGUCAAGGGCCAAGGGGACAGCAACAACGCCAGCAAGUACAGCGCAGUGACUCCGACAGCAGCUCUUCGGAGAGCUCCCAAUCGAGUGACGAUGAUUCCGGAUCGGUGGAGCGUAAUCCCGCCAUCCAACCCGUAGGUAUCUUUGGACGGCCGGGACGACCCUGGUGGUCUGUUCCUGGGAUUCCUCCAUUCCGUCCACCGUGGCAUCCGCGCCCACCCUUCGGCGGGCGUCCCUGGUGGUUGAGACCUCCGUUCCACCGACCCACGACCAGUACGGCUGCUCCCGAGGGUACUUCGGUGGCGAGCCCGACGACGGCAGAAGCUUCAACGACCACGGAGGCGGCCACCACUACCGAGGAAGCGACCACUACGGAGGAAGCAACCACUACGGAGGAAGCGACCACUACGGAGGAAGCGACCACUACGGAGGAAGCAACCACUACUGAGGAAGCGACAACCACUGCGGAGGAAGCGACCACUACCGAGUAGCCAACAACAGCUGAUUCUUCUUAAACAACUACUGAUUCUCCGACCAAACUGUACACUUCUAACCGAAAUGAAAGCAAUAAAAGCAAACUAUAUUCCACAAUGAA